CGUGUCUGUGUUUAUAUAUUUUUGCUAGAAGUUUCGGAAUCCCUGGGAGUUGGGAAAAGAAAUACUGGAAAAUUUAAUAGAAAAUAUUAUAAUAUAAUAUUUAAACAUAGUUAUAAUAGAUUAAAAAUGUCUGAAUCAGUGGGGCGUGAUGAAGACUGGAGUGUCGACUGCUCCGAUGACGAAAGAUACGCGGCAAAAGAUGAGAAAUCAAGCAACUGGAUACCAGCAGCUAGUGAAAUCCAAAGAAUGUUUGAAACCCUUGAAAAAAGACAAGUAUUGGAUAUUUCCUGGCAAUGCCCAGGUAAGAGGAAUCCAAAAGCCGAAGAAGGGAACCUUGUAACAAAUGAGUUGGAGGAGGAAGAGGAAAUUCCAAAUAAUACAGACUUUGAUUUUGCGGACGAGACUGCAACACCUAAACUUAGGCGGUCGUUGGAUCCUAACGCUCGUGGAUCUGCUAGGAAGAAAACCACAAGUUUAGACUCUGUGUUGUCUAACAUGAGGAGGCACAGGCAACUUGAAGAGUCCGAUUCCAAAAAUUAGCAUGACAUUGUAUUUUUUAUUAUGUGGACUCCAUUAUUUUAUAGAUCUUGAAUACAUAAUUUCGAUGACUAAGUUGUGUAAGUAAUUAAAUUUUUCUUAUGGAAAACUUCACCAAUUACUGUACGCCAACAGUGAACAGAUGGGAAGAAGAUAUUUAAGGUCCUUGUUUUAUGUACUGUAUAAAUUUAAACAAAGUAAAGUAUUAAAGAAUAAGCAUUAAAAGAUAAUUAUGUAUUUGUAUCAUCAAAUUUACCAUUUUUUAGUGAAUGAAAAGAGCGCAUAAAAAAUAAUGAUUUUUCUGUACAAACACAAACCAACAUAAAAUAUUAUUGAGUACUUAUAGUCGCAAUUAGCUACAAUUAUUGCAAAAAUAAUACAAAUAAGUUUAAAAAUGUUAAAUUUUAUUUUCUUAGACGCGCCAACCAUUGAUUUACUUAAAAUGGUCAUACGUUUCAUGAGAUUAAUGUAAAGAAAGAAUUUUUGACUCCAAUUUGAAAGAAAUCUCUGACGAAAAUUUUUAAAACAGGUUUUACCUUUCUUUUUUCUGUUUGAUGAAUGACUUUUUUUAAACGGAUAUUUUUCAUUCUUGCGAGAUAUCUGUUGUUAGCGCAUUUUAUAUCAUUUAAGA